CCCCCAAAAUCUUGUUAUGAUCACGAGAUCUUCCAAAUUUUUAUAUAAAUACAAUACAAGUGGUUUCAUAACAUUUUUAAAUCAUUUUCUGGGUGGAAAAAACAAUCAACGAUCAAUAUAAAAGCAUAUACACUUGAAUGAUUAGAGAAGGAACAAAUAUAAAAAUAUAGAAAUCCAAUUGGCUUUUGAAAAAUAAUUAAAACCGUGUUAAAUCUUAUCUUAGUUGUUUAAAUCUUAUCUUAGUUGAACUAUUCUUGAGAUUCAUGAAUUUAUAAAGUCCAUUAGUUGCUAAUUGUUGCAAGAAACUGAAAAACCAGAGAUUUACAUAGCAUAAAAAUGGAGGGAAACAAUAAAAAGCUGCAUAUUGCAGUAUUCCCAUGGCUAGCUUUUGGCCAUAUGAUUCCAUACUUAGAGCUAUCAAAGCUUAUAGCUCAAAAGGGUCAUAAAGUUUCCUUCAUUUCUACUCCUAGAAACAUCGAUCGUCUCCCAAAACUUCCACCAAAUCUUGAUGCCUUCUUAAAUUUCGUCAAACUUCCUAUGCCACACAUCGAAAAGCUACCGAGAAAUGCAGAAGCCACUAUUGAUGUCCCUUAUGAAAAAGUCAAGUACCUUAAAAUUGCACAAGAUGGACUUGAAGAACCCAUGGCUAAGUUUCUUGAAGACUCAGCUCCUGAUUUUAUACUCAUCGAUUUAGUAUUCAACAUUCCAACGGCUUAUUUCAGCAUUUUCAUCGCCGCGGUGCUAGGUUUCACGGGACCUGUACCAGGACUAAACAAUGACUAUGAAAUUCGGAAGACACCUGAAGAGUACACCGUUUCCCCAAAAUGGGUGCCAUUUGAAACCGCAGUUGCUUUCAAGCUGUUUGAAGUUUUGCGAAUCUUCGAAGCUUCCAUGAACGGAGAUGAAGAGAACGUUUCUGAUAUUUUUCGUUUGCAUAAAACUCUUGAAAACUGUGAUAUUUUGCUUGUAAGGAGUUGUUCAGAAUUUGAACCACAAUGGCUGAAAGUUUUAGUGGAUAUUCACCGAAAACCAGUUUUACCGGUGGGGCAGCUACCGACAACAACGUAUGAAGAUGACACCACGCAGACCGACACAUGGAGAGAGAUAAAAUCGUGGCUUGACAAGCAAGAAAAAGGAAAAGUGAUUUACGUAGCAUUUGGUAGUGAAGUAAAACCGAGUCAAAACGAACUCACUGAAAUUUCACUCGGAUUAGAGCUUUCUGGGUUACCAUUUUUUUGGAUUUUAAGAACAAAACGAGGGGAAUCUGAUGAUGAAUUGAUUCAAUUACCAGAAGGGUUCGAAGAUCGAACAAAGGGAAGGGGAAUUGUGUGCACGAGUUGGGCACCACAACUCAAGAUACUAAGUCAUGACUCAGUGGGUGGAUUUUUGACUCAUUCGGGUUGGAGUUCAGUAGUUGAAGCAAUACAAUUUGAGAAGCCAUUGGUUCUGUUAACAUUUUUGGCUGAUCAAGGGAUAAAUGCUAGGUUGUUGGAGGAGAAGAAGAUGGCAUAUUCGAUAUCGAGAGAUGAUCGAGACGGGUCAUUCACUCGUGACUCGGUGGCUGAGUCACUGAGCUUGGUACUCACUGAAGAAGAGGGUGAGAUAUACAGGGAGAAGGUUAAAGAGGUGAAAUAUCUUUUUUGUGACAAUGGAAGACAAGAUAAUUAUGUUGAGAAUUUAUUAAGUUACCUUCAAAACCAUAGGAAGACUAUAACAUGAAACUGGAACUGGGAUUGGAUCCCCUCCAGUAACUAAUGCUCC